UAAAAAUAUGCAGUCAGAAUCAAAAUUCGAAAAACUCAUUAAAGCCAAAAAAGAAAGAAUAAACCAGCAAGAAAACGAAAUCAUCACUCGCAUAAGAGACAACGUAGCUAAGGCAGAAGAAUACACUCGCCUCAACAACAAAAUCAAGACCCUACAAGACGAGAUAAAGUACCACAACCACGAAGCCUACAAUGACGAAGAAAGCAUGGACGGGGAAGAGUCCUCAGAAGAAGAAUCUGUAAGCUCCAGUGGUCUACGGAAACAAACAAAUAUCGAAACCGAACCCAAGGAGAUAAUGACGAAUAAGAAGAUAACAGACCUUGAUAUUGAUAAAUGGUUUGGCAAGGACAUCAAGUGCAAACUUGAAGAUAUCCUGUCCAAAAGAAUCCAUGUUUUCAGUAAAGAAAGAGUUAAGUUAAUUUAAUAUAAACAACGACCAAAAAGAAUUAGUCCGUCCUUAUGUCAACUGAGUUACAGUGAAGCUUUAUAAGGACAAAACUUUCUCAGAAAAGUCCUUGAUGUCGCAGAAUUUCUUGAUAAAAUAAAUCUAAGUUUGAAAUGUACCAGCAAGACUUUAGGAUUAACUCAGAUACUACUUUUGACCAGCUUAAGCAAGGAGCAUGAGAGUUCUGGGGAGAACAUGAUCCAAGCCAGCUUACCUUUUAUGAUGAUAAGCUAAACAUUAUUCUUGUUGACAAAAUUGAGGGGGUCAGUUCGAUCUUUGGUGCCUCUAUUCAAGAGAUGAGUGUGAAUUGCUUUUUUGAAACAUUUAUGGCUACCAAAGCAGUUUUGGUAUUGAUGAAGCCAGUCCUUCACCAACACAUUUUGAUUAGAGAGCAAAUGACAAGCAUUCAGAUUAGAAAAGAAGCAAAUGCUCUUGCUUAUUACAAUUUAAAUAAUUUCCAAGAAAAUGAACAGGAUGAAGAGGCAUAUCUCAUAAACAAACUUGAAGAAACGAAAGGAGACUUAUUCCAAAUGCUAGGGAGAAAGAGACGAGGCCUGAGAGGAACUACAGGGAUUGGAAGUAGAUCCUUUAUUACUCUCUGUGUAUACCUCAUCCUUUUAUUAUUCACAGCAUUAAUCCUGUUUCUUCGAGAAGAUACAAAUAAGUCUUAUUAUAUUUCAAGAAUGGCUUAUUUAACUUUUGACGAUGAAUUCAACGCUGUUACGAACGAUGAGCAGCUCUAUUCUUUCAUUCGAAACAAAAUAGGCGAAGAUCUAUUGGAACAAGAAAUAUCUGGAACCGUAACUCUUCCACAAUUGAGGGUCCUAUCCUACAUGGUCGGUCCUAUCAGAGUCAUGCAAAUGAGAUCAAAUAGCAAGAAGUGCAAAUAAAGUAGUGAGAGAUGACAUCAACAGUUGAUAUUAUGACAGCUAUGAUGAUCACACAAAGGAAACUGAGGAUAUCUGAACUGGCUAUAGUUGGUGAAAGUUCACAAGCGAGAAAAAGUCAGGAAUCAAUAGGCAAAUCUGGGGGAAAUACAGAACUUAUUCAGGAGAUGGAUACAUUUUCGAUUUUGAUCCUGAUCAAAACUACACAGUCUGGAAAGAACAGAUAGAUCUGAUGAUAAACCAAGGAUCUAUUUCUGGGAAUCAGAAAUAUCUAGAUAGGCCAACUCUCGCAAUAUUGAUAUCAUUUAAUUUCUAUAAUCCUUCAAAUGAUGAAUGGAUUGCUUGUGAGAUAUUGUUUGAAUACGUAUCAAGCUUACUCAGUCCUUCCUAUAUCAUUUCAAGGAACUUUGAUGCUAAUAUAAUAGAAAGCUCCAGCGAGAAAGGACUAUGGACUACAGAAUUUUUCAGACUUUUCCUCUCAUUCUACGUUUCUGUUUGUUGUAUUUUUAUCAGAAACCAGUUUUGGAAACUUAACAGUUUUAAGAAAUUUGCUCAUCUGAAGGAUUUGUUCAAAAUAGUGAUCUUAUAG